CAUCGAAGUCCCGAGAGCGAGAGAGAGGACCUCCAUCACACUUGAGUCGAGAAGGAAAAGAAACAAAACUGAAAUGGGGUCGCAGAAGAGUAUUAUGAUGUUACUUUGCUUGGUUCUUGUAAGUAGAGAGCUCCUCUGCAUCGCUCAAGGCAAGGUCCACUAUUAUGAUUUCGUCCUGAAGGAGGCCAACUUUACGAGGCUGUGUAGCACGAAGAGCAUGUUGACAGUCAAUGGCAGCUUUCCUGGGCCGGAGAUUCGAGUACACAAGGGAGACACUGCCUUCGUCAAUGUUCAUAACCAUGGCAAAUACGGCAUCACCAUUCAUUGGCAUGGAGUCAGGGAACCGAGGAAUCCGUGGUCGGAUGGACCGGAAAACAUCACGCAGUGCCCUACCCCGGGAACUAGCUUUCUGCAGGAAAUCAAAUUUACGACCGAAGAAGGAACGUUGUGGUGGCAUGCCCACAGUGAUUGGUCACGAGCUAGCAUCCACGGGGCCAUCAUCAUUUUGCCAGCUAUUGGUACCUCUUAUCCGUAUCCCAAGCCUCAUGCUGAAGAUACCAUAGUUCUUGCAUCAUGGUUCAAAGGCGAUGUCAUGGCCAUAAUCGAGGAGGCCCUCGUAACUGGUGGGGAUCCUAAUACAUCGGAUGCUUUCACAAUCAAUGGCCAACCUGGAGAUCUCUACAAUUGUUCAAGUAAUAGCACUUAUCGUCUAAUGGUUGAUUAUGGCAAGAGAUAUCUCCUUCGAAUAACUAACGCCGUGAUGAAUGAAGAGAUGUUUUUCGGGAUCGCAAACCACAGUCUCACUGUCGUUGGGAUGGACGCUGCAUACUUGAAGCCCAUAAAGACUAGCUACAUUAUGAUCACCCCAGGGCAGACGAUGAAUGUCCUAGUGACGGCGGACCAGGAGCCGAGCCACUAUUACAUGGCCGGAAGCCCAUUUGCCGAUACCACGGCCCCAUUUGACAACACCACAACCACGGCGAUUCUUCAAUACAGAGGCAACUACACACCCCCGCCGUCGCCUUUUUUUCCGGCGCUACCCGCCUUCAAUGACAAGUACGCCGCCAUGAACUUCACGGCCCGGCUCCGGAGCCUGGCAAGCCGAGCUCAUCCGGUCAACGUCCCAAGGAAGAUUGACAAGAGGAUUUUCAUUACCGUCUCCGUGAAUCAGAUAUACUGCCCUAAUGCAUCGUGUGCAGGACCAAAUGGGAAUAGACUAGCCGCAAGCUUGAACAACAUAAGUUUCCAGACACCAAAGAUCGACAUACUUGAAGCCUACUACUGGAGCUUGCCUGGAGUUUACAAUGCUACCUUCCCGGACAGACCACCGUACUUCUUCAAUUUCACAGGAGAUGUCGAGAACAUUUCGCUGGCCCCAUGUCUGGAUACAGCGGUGAAGAUGAUAAAGCAUGGCGCCGCCGUUGAAAUCAUAUUCCAAGGGACCAACCUUGGCGCCCCCGAGAACCAUCCGAUGCAUCAGCACGGCUACAGCUUCUACGUGGUCGGGAUGGGAUGGGGGAAUUUCGACAAAAAAAGCGAUCCAAAGACGUAUAACCUAGUCGACCCGCCCGAGGUGAACACGUUCGGAGUUCCUAAGAAUGGAUGGCUCACGAUUAGAUUCGUCGCCGACAAUCCUGGUGUAUGGUUCCAACACUGUCAUUUGGAAAGACAUACGACCUGGGGGAUGGACACCGUGCUCAUCGUGAAGAACGGCAACACCGCAGUGACCCGCAUGCGGCCGCCGCCUCAUUAUAUGCCUCCAUGUCACUAGUCCCCAUUUAAGGAAAUAUAUUGUCAUUUUGUACCUCCAUUUAAUAUUUUUAUUAACGCACUAGUAGAUUUUCCGUAAAUUUUAAUCCCUAUUAAGCUUUGUCCUGCGUACAAUAUGGUUAAGAGGGUGUUCUCCUCCUUAUAAUGUGUCAGAAUAUUAAAUAAUAAACUAUGCU